AUUGCCUGCUGAAUGACAGUAGUGACAGCAAACAGCUGAUGCUGACGUCUUUCUCGGUCUUUUUCUUUUUGUGAUUGUUGUAAUUUAUUUGUUUUAGUCGAAUGCGUAUUAUCAGUUUAUUUGCAAGGGCCAACAGUUUCACCUAUUUAUGUGAUCAUUUGAUUACACCCACAAAAGCAUCUUACCAGUUUCGCAUAGUUCGCAACAUGUGCACCUGCCCACUUGAUUCUGUGCCAAAGGUGGACAUAGAUCCUGAAGGAGUGUUCAAAUACAUACUGGUCAAGGUUUAUGGCAAGGAGAAAAACAAUGAGGAGCCAUCUGUAACGGUUGUAAGAGGAUACAAAAAUUGCAACUAUCACUCGGAUAUUUAUGAUGAGGUGCAAGAAAAACUCCAACCUUUGGAUUGUGAGCCGCUGGGUGGUGGCAGAAUAUCUCAUGAUCCUGGAAAUAAGAAAAUCCAUAUUUAUGGCUAUUCUCAAGGCUACGGCAAAGCAGACCAUGAGGUGGCAGCAAAACUAGUGAAGGAUGCUUAUCCAGAAUACACUAUCACAAUCAGUGAUGAAGGAUACUGAGCUAACUCCACAAAUUAUUUAUUUAUAUGAGGAAUAAGUGUUGUCAAUAGCUGCAUUCUCAUUGCAUAAUUGUAUUAAAAUACUUCUUUUAUUAAUAGGUACUCUGAAAAUGAACUUAGUUUUCUGUAUUAUUUUUUAAAAUAAAAGUAAAACCAUA